GGCUUUCCCCUUUAACUAGUAUAAUAUCACCCACUACCUACACACUACCUACUUAUUAAGGUAAACAAUAGAAGAGUGAUUAAUUUUGAAACGAACAUGUAGGAGGUUGCCCCGGCCUAAUCAUCAGUUUGAUCUACAACACAUACGCGAGAUCGGAUCUCUUCCCGACUAUCCCGUUUCUGUUGUUUCCCCUCAUCUUGUCGGUUCGACCGAGAAUUUGUAUCGUACUAUAAGGAAGUAAAUACCUUACCGUGCUUCUAUACAUACCUUGGUAACUAAAAAGUCCCGUUUUGAAUUCUGGAGAUUGGAUUCUGUGUGCUUUUUUCCCGAAUGCUAUGUCUCAGACUAAAGUUCAUCCAGCUUUCCAGCCCGACUGGAACAAUCUCGAUAUACUUCACAGGGGAACCCUUUCGCCGCGGGCAAACUUCUAUGUGUAUAACUCUAUCAAAGAUGCCCUGACGUACGACAUAACCAAAUCCAACACGCAUUGUCUUUCCGGGACCUGGAAAUUCAACCUUGCUAAAAACCCCUUUGAAGCUCCAAGAGGGUUCGAGGCUCCGUCUUUCGAUACCGCAAAAUGGGCCGACAUUACCGUGCCCAGCAUGUGGCAGCUGAAUGGUUACGGCAAGGGUCCUCAUUACACCAACGUCAACUUCCCCAUUCCUGUAGACCCACCCAAUGUACCCCUCGAAGACAACGAGACGGGGUCCUAUGUUCGGAGAUUCACGGUACCCGAUGGUCUCAGGGGCUCCCAGCUCCGGUUGAGAUUUGAAGGAGUGGACUCUGCUUUCCAUCUGUGGGUCAAUGGAAAGGAAAUAGGAUAUCAUCAAGGAUCACGUAACCCGUCCGAGUUUGACGUUACCGAUGCAGUUGAUGAGAGCGAUGAAAAUACUGUCGCCGUUCGUGUCUAUCAAUACUGCGAUGGGACAUACAUUGAAGACCAGGAUCAAUGGCGGAUGAGUGGAAUUUAUCGUGAUGUUUAUCUUCUUGGAUUUCCAGCGAAAUCACGCAUCGAUAACCUCUUUGUCCAGACCAAACUCUGCCCUCAGUAUGUUGACGCCAACCUCAAGGUGAGCAUUGUCACUACAGGAAAUGGGAAGAUUAGAGCUCUUCUCUUCGAACCCUCAAAAAGUCAAGUUAUCGCUGAAAAAGAGGUAACUUUUCCUGAUGGGUCUACUGGAAUUUUGCUGCCGAUAAGCAACCCCAUAAAAUGGACGGCGGAGACCCCAGUUCUAUAUCACCUUGUCGUCUCCGUGAAUGAUACAUAUUUCAUUGCACAUCGGGUAGGCUUUCGGCAGGUGGAGGUCAAAGAUGGCCUCAUAAAGGUGAAUGGGAAACGUAUCGUCCUCAAAGGGGCAAAUCGGCAUGAGCAUCAUCCCAAGUAUGGCCGAGCCGUUCCAUUCGAGUUCAUGAAGCGGGAUCUGAUGCUUAUGAAAACUCAUAAUAUCAACGCGAUCCGAACCUGCCAUCAACCGAGUGAUGUUCGGCUGUAUGACCUUGCCGAUGAAUUAGGUUUCUGGGUCAUGGAUGAGGCAGAUCUCGAAUGCCACGGGUUCGAAUCAAUAUGCGAUGCCGCGCUGUCCCCUACGGAUAGAGCCCUCCCCUUUCGCGAACGGCAGCUCUUGACUCGGGUGGAGGCAGCCAAAUGGACGACAGAUAACCCUGCCUGGGAGCAUGCCUACGUAGACCGCGCCAAGCAACUGGUUUUCCGUGAUCAACUUCACCCUUCCGUUAUCAUUUGGUCUUUAGGAAACGAGGCCUUUUUCGGCCGAAACUUCAAGUCGAUGUACAGCUGGAUCAAGUCGUACGAUGAUAGUCGACCCAUCCACUACGAGGCUGACAUAUAUGCUGAGACCAUGGAUAUGUAUUCCACAAUGUACCCGCCGAUCGAAACUAUCGUGGACUUUGCCCAGGACGACUCCAAGACCAAGCCCCUCGUUCUAUGCGAGUUUAUCCACGCGAUGGGAAACGGCCCGGGGAAUAUCAAAGAGUACAUCGACGCCUUUUACGAGUACCCGAAGCUUCAGGGCGGCUUCGUGUGGGAGUGGGCCAACCACGGCCUUCUGACUACGGAUAAGGAGACGGGGGAUGAGUUCUACGCGUACGGCGGGGACUUUGGCGAUGUGCCAAACGAUAGCAAUUUCAUCAUGGACGGGGUGCUGCAUUCGGACCAUACGCCAACUCCAGGGCUCAUAGAAUACAAGAAAGGGCUGGAGCCGGUUAAGGUUGUGGCGUACGACCCGGGAAAAGCAACCAUUGUGAACCGCUACGAUUUCAUUACUCUCGACCAUCUCGAGUGCAGUUACGUGGUCCUGGACGAAGGGAAGCCGACAUCCCAGAGCGGCAACCUCGAAAUUCCUCCCGGAAUAGAACCGGGGCGCACCGCCGACCUAACCCUCCCGUCCACCGACUUUCGCGGCGAGGGGAUCCUACAGCUUUCCUUCCACCAACUCUCCGCCACCCCGUCCCUCUCCGCCGGGUUCGAAGUCGCCUUCGCAGAGAUUCCCCUCCGCCCUUCUUCCGCCCCUUACCCCCUCCUCCCCCCUUCCUUCCCACCUGCGACAGACACAAAACUCAGCGUUACCGAGACCCCGACUCUUCUGACAAUCACCACCUCCUCUUCGACAGCAAACACAACCUGGACCUUCUCCCCCAUCCACGGCAAGCUCCUCUCCUGGACCAGGAACAGCACCGCCAUCCUAGCGACAACCGCAGACUCCGGCCCCGAGUUCUCCGCCUUCCGCGCGCGCACCGACAACGAUGUGCCGCAGGACGGUCGCGACUGGUGCGAGCGGCUGCUGCACCUCGCGAAGGUGUAUACACGGAGCUGUACCUGGGACGCUGUGGAAGCGGGGGAGAGAACCUUCACCAUCCACGCCCACCAGCGCUUCGCCCCGCCCGUCCUCUCGUGGGCCAUCGAUCUACACCUCACGUACACGUUCCACGCCUCAGGCGCACUGUCACUCCGGGCCCAGGGCUCGCCGCGCGGCCAAAACCUCCCGCGCACGCUUCCGCGCAUCGGGCUUAGCUUCGAGAUGCCGGGCUCGUGGGCCGGUGGCGAUCCUUCACUGCCGGCGGCAGCAGUAGCGUGGUACGGCCGCGGCCCCGGCGAGAGCUACGCCGACAAGAAGCUCUCGCAGCGCGCGGGCGUGCACGAAGCCCGCUCGGUGGCGGAGCUCUGGACCGGGUACGAGGUCCCGCAGGAGGGCGGCAACCGCACGGACACGCGGUGGGUGCGGUUUGCGCAUGCGGGGGGCGAGGCGCUGACGGUGCAGUUUGUGGAUCUGCCGGGGAAGAGGACGCUGUUCGACUUCGCCGCGUCGCAUUACCGCGCCAAGGACGUGGAGGCGGCGAGGCACCCCCACGAGCUGCGGAGGAGGAGGACGGAGAAUGUGGUGGUGAGGCUGGAUAGGCGACAUCAUGGGCUGGGGAGCGGGUCGUGUGGGCCGAGGACGAGGGAUGAGUAUGCGCUGUUGGCGGAGGACUUUGAGUUUGAGGUUUUGUUCUCGUAAGGAGGAGGUAGGUGUCUGAUUAGCUAGUAGGUACCUACCUUUAUGGAGCUGGGCUGGCUACCCCUAUUUUCAGGUUGACCUACCUACCUAUCUACGAUGUCUUGUUGGGAGUAGCAUGUUAUAGAGCAAAUAAGUGUUUUCAAAGAUACCGUAACAUCAAACCCUAGCCAUAUAACAUCAUUGUCCAAUCUGGCCAUCAAAUGCCCUUCUCAUCCUAUGAUCAGUUGUUCUGAAGGGGUUGGUUGGCCGCCUGUCGCAUAUGCCUUAGAUGGCUUGUACUCACCUCUCUCUAACUAUGUAUAGGUAGCAUGAUUCAGCUCAUAUAUCGAAGCAGACAUACACCAAGUAGGUAGGCAUAUCU